UUUGUGGGAUGCUCGGACUCUCUGGAUGGAUGAGCUCUAGCAUCGGAGUCACCACCAUUACAUCAUCUCUUCCCACACAGCCGAACACGGAAUGAGGGCUUUUUAAUAUUUAACCGGGAUCCCGAUCAUUUGAGACUGAGCAGCAGAAGCACCGCUCUUCAUAAAGGACGCGGUGGGGAUUAUGAAAACCUAUCAACAAUGCCUGUGGGGAUGAUGGCGUUUCAAUGAACGGGGAGGAUAGGAGGGGGAGAGGAGGAGAGACGUGCACCGUCAUCAGCAUCUGUCCGCCAGCUCCCUUUGUGUUCACCGGAGAAUGUGAAUGGCGAAAGAUGACAUGGCAGAGGUAGAUUUGGCACCAAACGGAGCAGAACCCCCCGGCGAGGCCCCCUCGGCGUUUCCCUAUGAGGAGUUCGAAUGCAAAAUCUGCUACAAUUAUUUCGACCUUGACCGCCGGGCUCCUAAGAUCCUUGAGUGCUUGCACACGUUUUGCGAGGAGUGUCUGAACACGCUUCACCUCCGGGAGGAGAGGCCAUGGCGCAUCAGCUGCCCCGUAUGUCGCCACCGGACUCCGGUGCCGGAUUAUCGGAUACAAAACCUGCCCAACAACACCAAGGUGACGGAGGAUUUUCCACUCUACAUCGACUCGGACCCCCUGCCUCAGGACGCUUUGCCGCCGUACCCUCCCCCGCUGCACCCAGCUCUUGUCGCCCUCCGCCGGGAGGAGGCGUCGGGGACGACCAGCGUCAGCCAGGCGACCCCGUCCACUACCGUGUCCACAGCCACCACCCUCUCCCAGGACUCGGUGCGCUACGAUAGCUGUCAGAGCUGCAAGCGAGUGGCGCUGACCACCGGCUGCGUCUGCGUGAUCUUCUCCUUUCUGUCCAUGCUGGUGUUGCUGUUCAUGGGCCUGAUCUUUGUGCACAGUCACAGCAUUCCUCCCUCGCCGGCGGGACCCAUUUGCUUGUCGGUAGCCAGCAUCCUGGCCAUGUUCUCGGUGGUCGUCACAUGGCUCAUCUGCUGGCUCAAAUACAGACCGGACCACGAGACCGGCCGCGCAUCCGCCACCAGUAACUCCAGGAGAAACGCCUGAUAGGCUGCUGGCUCUGACUAGUGAUGAAGAUGUUGUACUGUGGGUGUGUGGUUAUGUACAUAAUACUGACAACUGAUACUCCGGGUCCCUUUACUUUUUCUAGAAAUCAUUCUCAUCCAAAAUGGCCUUUUAUCAGUACAGCAAGCACCCAAAGGCCUUCAUAUUGUUUGGAGCAAUAGGCGACAUGAUCCUUGAUAAUCUUUUCCUCAAGUUAUGCACUUGAACUUACAGUAGGCCCAGUUGACUAGGCAUCGUGAUGAGUGAACUUGUCCAAGACUUUUAGACCCCUGGUGAUGGUCUGAGCUGUGGUUGGUUUGAUGACUGAAUGUGAAGUGCUUAUUUCCAGGGUUUGAUCCCCUCCCCUCUCUAUCCUGGUUGAUAAUAUGCAUAACCCACUAUGCCACUCACUGUAUGAUAACAGUCCACAGAUGAUUCACUCUUAUAUCUCAACAAAGCACUAUUGUAUUGUACAGAUAUUUGGCAAUGUUCACUUUUGAGUAUUCAGCCGGUGGAUUUUGUUUUUUAUGGAGGCCUGGACGUUUGUGCGAGAAGCCUCUAAAAUGUCAUUCCGUUACAAAGAAGUCGUAUUUACAAUCCAAACUGUAAAUAGUCCACAGAGAAGUGGUGAGUGGUAUAGGAUAGGUGUGAUCAGCCUUUCUUGAAGACCUUCCUCAUCCUUGUGUUCUAAUUUAUCCUACAGGAUGGCGCCGCUUUCUUUCUCACAAUGAAAAGUGCACCUCCUACAGGUUUUUCAAAGGGGUUCAAAGCUAUAGUUUGUGAUUUUGACUCUGUGUUUGGCUACUUUUGUGCAUGUUAAGCUCUUGAAAGGGCAAGACUUUCUGUUUUUACUGUUUUUUUAAACAGAAGGGACAUUGUCUUUCCUGACUCGUGUGCCUCACCUUGUUGCUGAAUGAAGCAAAACGUCACCGUAAUCAUGAUUAAAUCAUGCAUGGGCCUCCUGCCACAGACAGCGUCCAGCUGGGGUGUCGGCAGGGAUUUCCUCUUUCUGUCACAUUAUUCACACAUCGAAAGUUGAAAACAGGGUUUACAACACGGAGCUGCCUCCCAAAUCAGCAACUUUUUAUAAUUGUGAAAAAUGUGGGUCUUUGCAUCUGGCUUUGAAUAAAGGUCAGAAUAGAUACUAUGAGUAUGAAUUAAACAGGUACAAUCCAGGCUGAAGUUUGCCUGCCGCUGCUUCCAUGUUCAAGUUCACUCGUCUUCUUCCUUCAAAGCCACAUGUGAGAAUCUCUGUUUCUUGGCCAGGCUAGACAUGGUGCACAUCUUAUAAAAAGACUAUGUGGUGUCACUCUGGUUCCUCUGAGAUUGUUAGGAGUCAUCAUUACCUCUGAAAACUUAAAGAGCCCCAUGAGCUGUGUGGCUGAGAUCAGAAAGAAACAAAAUGCUACAGUAUGGGCCGAGAAAGCGUGUGUUAUUUCAGUGCCUGCACUUACACAAUGCAAAUCUUUAACUUUGCUAAACUAAAACUUAAUAUAAUUCGGUUGAUAUGGGUUUCCCCCUCUCAGAAACAUCUGUUUCAAAACAGAAACACUGAAUGAACUUCAGUGAAAUCAGCUUCAGACCACACAGUGUAAUCAAAAAAGCGAACUUCUUCUUAUGAAUAUUACUGUGAACCGUUGGUAAAUUCUGUGUAUGUAACUGUUGCUACAAACUAUACAAUUAUUUAUUUAUUAUUCUUGAAUAUAGCAAAAAGUUAUCUGUGGUGCAGUGUAAGACCCUAAUUUGGACAAACGUGUGAUGCUCCAUGAAGCAUGUGUAUUGCACUCCUGUGUUAUGUUCAGGCUCCCUGACUUUCCUGUCAGCAUUUAGUAUAGAAUUCGGAGAUGAUUCGGAUACCAAAGUGAUUUAAUGUAAGCACUUAUUACCCUUGCGCACUCAUGGUACCCCUACCUCACAAAAGCAAAAAAUAAUCCAACAUGAUUCUUGAACCCCACCCUCCUCUAUCUGAUUCCCAUGCUUGCUUCAAUCAUCCUGCUCAACUUUUUUCCCAACUUACUGAUGAUGCACUUUCACCCUCUUAUUUGACACAAGUAUCAGGGUCUACCUUUGACAAAUGUAAGCAUAUUGUAUUUAUUUCAAAGGACCUUGAAAAUGUUGUUGGUUUUUAUGAGAAUCUGUGGUUGUUGUUAAAGUACCAAAUGUAUUUGCACAGAGAGAUGUUCUUUAUGUGCUGUUUUACAUACAUAAACACAUUUCAGUCAUAAUAAAGGAAACAUGACUAACCAUGGCACUAAUUAUUUGUCUUAAUACAGUGACAGCUGACAGAAUAGCCUGUUACCAAUCAGUAUUUUAUGAUGGUACCCACAAUGCUUGACUGAAGAUAUGGCCCUUGCUGCUGUGCAUCAAAUAUGCCCCCUACUGGAAGACAAAUGUUGCUACAUGUUAUAAAAAGAGAAACCCUCUGUGUCAACUUUCAUUUCUCAUGCAGGUCUAGUUGUGUAAACUUCU